CAAACCAUGAAACGAAGGCGAUGUCAACGAGCAAAUUGAAAGGAGGUUUUGGUGCGCCCUGUUCUCUGUCAGUGAGUAUCUCCGUGAUUUCUCUGCUUUGCCGUCCCUGGAAAUGGGGAAAGAAGAGGAGCUAUCGUCGACGAUUGUAGUGGAGGAAUGGAGUGGAUCUUCUUCUACGAAGCUUUCCAAGACUGCUAUCUUAACUGCCACUCCCACAUCUUUCUCUCUUCACAGAUCGGGUAGUCGAUUUAACGAGGUUUGGAGACGAAUUCUCAGCGCAUUCGUGCCGGAGGGUUUUCCGAGUAGUGUCACGCCCGAUUACGUUCCUUUCCAAAUCUGGGAUACGUUGCAGGGCCUUUCAACUUAUAUACGCACCAUGCUGUCCACCCAAGCUCUCCUGGGUGCUAUUGGAGUUGGUGAGAAAUCAGCUACUGUAAUUGGUGCAACAUUUCAGUGGUUUUUGAGGGAUUUUACGGGGAUGCUUGGAGGCAUCUUAUUCACUUUCUACCAGGGCUCUAACCUGGAUAGCAAUGCUAAAAUGUGGCGUUUAGUUGCAGAUCUGAUGAAUGACAUCGGAAUGCUGAUGGACCUUGUUUCUCCUUUGUUCCCUUCAGCUUUUGUUGUAAUAGUUUGCCUAGGAAGCCUCUCAAGAUCAUUCACUGGUGUUGCAAGUGGAGCAACUAGGGCUGCUCUGACACAGCAUUUUUCACUGCAAAACAAUGCAGCAGAUAUAUCCGCUAAGGAAGGCAGUCAAGAGACAAUGGCAACGAUGAUUGGGAUGGUAUUCGGAAUGCUACUUGCCCACAUCACAAUGGGACACCCCUUAGUUAUUUGGAUCUGUUUCCUGUCCCUCACCAUGUUCCAUAUGUAUGCCAACUAUAGAGCUGUUCGGUGCCUUUGCUUGACAACUGUAAACAGUGAAAGAGCCUCAAUUCUUUUGCAGCAUUUUAUGGAAACUGAUCAAGUUCUCUCUCCACAGCAGGUCUCUCACAUGGAGCAUGUCUUGCCUGUCUGGACCAGUUCAUGGAGUUUGGAGGCAGCUAAAUCACUACACAAGAGGGUACACCUGGGUGUGAGGGUUUCCUCACUGGACCGCAGUGAAAUGAGGAACCUCUUAGGCUCUGCCAAUUCUUACCGUAAGGAAGUUAAGUACCUGCUGUUGGACAAGAAAGGGAUUAUCAGCAUUGUCAUAGAUAAACAUUCAACAGCUGCUGAUAUUUUGCAGUCAUUCAUGCAUGCACUUGUAAUGGCAAAUCUUGUGGAUAAAUCUUCACAGUUGCAUGCUGAAAGCCACCUUUGGAUGGAUAAACACUACAAAGUUUUCAUUGCAAAGCUGCAGUCUGCAGGUUGGAAAACUGAACGUCUUCUAUGCCCUUCAAUUAUUUGGAGGGCAAAUUGGGUUUGUGAUCCUUUGAGUGAAAAGACCAAGUAAACUAUGACAUCAAAUCCAUGAGCACUACGGGGCAGAGAGAUUCCUCAACCAGUGGACUUGACUCUUAACAGUUGGCCUUUAGUUCAGGGCUUGAUACUGGUCUACCUGCCAAAUAUGGGAAAGGAAUAGAAUCAUUUAGUUUCACUUGCGAUCAGUUUCUCAGGUCGAAGGCAGCACAGGUAACAUAUAUCAUGAUAGUGCAGCAGUUAUGUAACCGUUGAUUCUGGAGGAUUUUUGUCAGUUACCUGAGGUAUUCAUUAACAUGUAAACUUCCCCUCGGCUGAGUAUGAAUGACAAUGCCUGCCUCUCAGUGGUGUAGCCUCGCAUUUUUUGAAAUUGAGGCUGUUCUUUGUCUUGGUUACAAGUUUCAGUUUUUGUGGUUGGAUUUGAUUAUGCAUGUAUAAUUCAUACCGCAGAAAUGCGUAUGGUGGGGUUCUUCAUUAUACAGUGUAAUUUGAUGCAACUAGAAGCCAAAUCUAGAUUGCGUUCAGAAGACAAUUUAUAAUUACAAUGCAAGUCUCUAAUUGUAAGCAGACUCUUAGCUGAAGAAUGAUUAGUAGUGUCAAAACCUUUUCAUGUUUCA